UACCCCAAGUGUGAACAUAAAAUAUGAUUCUUUGCGUACUGCACCAAACUUUGUAACUACUUCUUUUGCCAUUUGGUCACCUGGCUUCAACUACAAUGCAACAAGCUUUAGAACUGGCAUUGGAUCGUGCAGAGUAUAUCAUUGAAAGUGCCCGUCAGAGACCUCCCAAAAGAAAAUAUUUAUCCAGUGGAAGAAAAUCUGUAUUUCAAAAACUCUAUGAUUUAUAUAUAGAAGAAUGUGAAAAAGAGCCUGAGAUAAAGAAGCUGAGGCGAAAUGUGAAUUUACUUGAGAAGCUGGUUAUGCAGGAGACGUUGUCAUGUCUGGUAGUGAACCUCUAUCCGGGAAAUGAGGGUUAUUCACUUAUGCUCAGGGGAAAAAAUGGUUCAGAUUCUGAGACCAUUCGGCUGCCUUAUGAGGAAGGAGAACUGCUUGAAUAUUUGGAUGCAGAGGAGCUACCACCUAUUUUGGUUGAUCUUUUGGAAAAAUCUCAGGUUAAUAUUUUUCAUUGUGGAUGUGUCAUAGCAGAAAUACGUGACUAUAGGCAGUCUGGUAACAUGAAGUCUCCAACGUACCAAAGCAAGCACAUUCUUUUGCGUCCUACAAUGCAGACUUUAAUUUGUGAUGUUCAUUCUAUAACAAGUGACAACCACAAAUGGACACAGGAGGACAAACUCCUACUUGAGAGCCAACUUAUUUUGGCUACAGCAGAGCCUUUGUGUCUUGAUCCUUCAAUAGCAGUGACCUGUACUACAAACAGACUCCUGUACAACAAGCAGAAGAUGAAUACUCGCCCCAUGAAACGGUGCUUCAAAAGGUACUCAAGGUCAUCUCUGAACAGACAGCAGGAGGUCACUCACUAUUCAACUCCACCUCAGCUCAGACUACUUGACUACUUACAGAAAAGAAAGGAGAGGAAAGGAGCCCAGCAGUAUGACCUCAAAAUUUCUAAAGCUGGAAAUUGCGUGGAUAUGUGGAAACAGAACCCUUGCUACUUGACUGCACCUUCUGAAGUGGAUGUGGAAAAGUAUGCCAAAGUGGAAAAGUCUAUCAAGCCUGAUGACUCACAACCGACUGUCUGGCCAGCACAUGAAAUGAAAGAUGAUUAUGUGUUUGAAUGUGAAGUUGGUAAUCAGCUUCAGAAAACAAAGCUGACCAUUUUUCAGUCUCUUGGCAAUCCCUUGUAUUAUGGUAAAAUUCAGACACUCAAAGGUGAUGAUGAAAAUGACAACCUAUUAACUCCAUCACAGUUCCUUAUUGGUUCAAAGACUGAUGCUGAAAGAGUGGUGAACCAGUAUCAGGAGUUAGUACAAAGUGAAGCUAAAUGCCCUGUGAAAAUGUUUCAUAAUUCAAGUGGAUCAGUCAACCUUAGUCAUCUUUCUCCAGGGAAGGAAAUGGAACAGCCAGAAAGUAUAUCAGGCUCUGUUCAGUCUUCAGUAUUGGGGAAAGGUGUAAAACACCGACCUCCUCCCAUCAAAUUACCUUCAAGUUCAGGAAGUAGCUCUUCAGGUAAUAUUUUUUGUCCACAACAGUCAAGCGGCCAUCUAAAGUCCCCAACUCCUCCUCCUCCUCCUUCUAAGCCUCCUGGUCUUUCUCGGAAACAAUCUAUGGAUCUUAAUCAAGUUAGCAUGCUCUCUCCAGCUGCCAUGUCUCCUGCCAGCUCUUCACAAAGGUCUGGAACUCCUAAACCAUCUACUCCUACUCCAACCAACACCCCUUCAUCGACCCCACACCCUCCUGAUGCUCAGAGCUCAACUCCUAUUACCCCUUCUGCCACCCCUACUCCCCAAGAUUCAGGCUUCACCCCUCAGCCCACUUUGUUAACCCCCUAUGCUCAGCAGCAAAUGUCUCUGAGCAAGGCACUGCCUGUAAUGACCAUUCCUCUUUCCACCAUGGUAACAUCCAUUACUACAGGAACAGCCUCCACCCAGGUCAUGGCAAACCCUGCAGGACUUAACUUCAUCAAUGUAGUGGGCUCCGUGUGUGGAGCACAGACACUGAUGAGUGGUUCAAACCCUAUGUUGGGGUGCAACACUGGUGCCAUAACCCCUGCAGGUAUAAAUCUGAGUGGCAUUUUACCAUCAGGAGGUCUGGUACCAAGUGCGCUGCCUGCUGCAAUGCAGUCUGCCUCUCAAGCAGGUUACCCCUUUGGUUUGAAAAAUGCAUCAAAUCUUCGGCCUUUAAAUCUUCUACAGCUUCGAGGUGGUUCACUUAUUUUUAACCCACUCCAGCAUCAACAGCAGCAGCAGUCAUCACAGUUUGCUUCACAGCAACAGUCUCCAGCCUGUCAACCUCAGCAACAGGGAGAACAGAUGUCUUUUCAUUUUUGCUAGGGGUCUGACCAAGGUCCAUCCAAUCAAGAUCAGGCAUUAUCUGCCCAACAAGCUGCUGUAAUUAACCUGACUGGAGUAGGGAAUUUUAUGCAACCUCAAGCCACAGCAGUUGCGAUUCUUGCAGCAUCAAAUGGCUAUGGCAGCAGCAGCAGCACAAGCAGCUCACCUGCGUCAUCAGCAGCGUUCAGGCAGCCUCUCAAAAAGUAAAAGGAAAAGAGGCACACCAGCCCCUCCAAAAUCCUGAGACUUGCCUUUUUUUUUCCCCACCCUCUCCCCAUCUAAAUAAAAAUUUCAGAGGGGAUUUUUUUUCUUUCAUAUUAAAAAGGAGAAAGCUUAAAAACAAAUCAAUGUUUUAUAUUACUGAUGGAAAAUGAACUUUUGAUGUUACACUGAAAUAAACUGUUUUUUGGAAGCCAGCCCUACAGAACUUAAGAGAUUUCAUCUGUAAAGCAGCUAGGGUCUGGUUUCCUGAAGUCACUAAAUUUUUUAACAGAACAUUUUAUCUUGUAUUUUUUACCAGUUGGCAGCAUUGUAUAUAGUAUAAGGGUGAAAAACAUUUUAGAAGAAAAAGGAACUUUGUAAAUGUAGUAUUGGUAUUUGUUUAUUUAGUAUAAAAGGUUUGUGAACACCGUAAAAAAUACAAUUUUUACAAAUCCA